CCGGCGCACCGCUUCGCCGCCUCCCUGGUGGUGGCGCCGCCGGGUGCGCGCGAUCCCGUGGACCCCCGGGGUCUGCGUCACCACCAUCCGCACCACCACCAUCACCACCACCACCAUCACCAACGGCACAGCGAGGACAGCGGCUCGGACGGUGGCUCGCCCAAGAAAGACGUGGACAGCGACGACGUGUGCGGCGGCGGCGGCAGCAAGCGGCGGCGGUCGCGCACCAACUUCAACAGCUGGCAGCUGGAGGAGCUGGAGAGGGCCUUCCUCGCCUCCCACUACCCGGACGUCUUCAUGCGCGAGGCGCUCGCCAUGCGCCUCGACCUCAAGGAGUCGCGCGUCGCCGUGUGGUUCCAGAACCGGCGCGCCAAGUGGCGCAAGAAGGAGCACACGAAGAAGGGCCCGGGACGGCCGGCGCACAACGCGCACCCGCAGACGUGCAGCGGGGAGCCCAUCCCGGAGGAGGAGCUGCGGCGCAAGGAGCGCGAGCGGCGCGAGAAGAAGCUCCUCAAGUCGCUGGAGCGCCAGCAGCGCAAGCUGGCCGCCAAGGGCGUCGCCGUCGACCUGGACACGCUGCGCCGCGAGUGGGAGGCCCAGCAGCAGCAGCAGCAGCAGGCGGGGGGCGGAGGCUGCCGCAAGGUGGCGGGGUCGGCGGCGGCCGCGGCGGCUGCGGCGGCGGCGGCGGCGGCGGCGGUGUCGCGCCACCAGCUUCUGUCGGCGCACGACUCGUCCAGCUGCUGCAGCAGCACCAACGCCUCCACGGCGACGGCCCGCGACGUCGAGAUCGACGUGGUGGGCGACCCCUCCGAAGACGAGGCCGCCGCCCACGCAGACCAGCCGCAGUUCGACUCCCCUAACUCGCACGCCACCCGGCCGGAAGACUACGGCUCCUUCCAGCCGUUCCAGCAACAGCAGUUCCACCACCACCACCACCAGCAGCAGCCGCUGGACGUCCCCAAGUCGCCGUCACCGCCCGCGUCCAGCGACGCGGCCAAGCAGCGCAGGCCCAACCCGUUCAGUAUCGAGUCGCUGCUGUCGCGACCCGACGACCGACACCAGCGGCACACACCGCCUGCGCCGACGCCGCCCCCGCGCGACGCCGGGACGCUGUGCAGGCCGGCGCCCGUCUCGCUGAGCGGCGGCGUCCUCAUCGGCAGCAGGACGCCGCCCACCGGCUGCUUCAGCCACCUCAUCACUGGCUAGCGACGCGCCGGCCUCUCCACCAGCGCACGUGGACACCUGUCUGACAGACAUCAACUACCACUGUAGCUUCCAGACUAACAUCUAAUUGGACCUCUAACAUCGGAUGCGUCUUUCUAAAACGGAAAAUCUGAAUUAUGCUUUUCCUGAAAACUGGAGUUAACUCAUGAAACGAUGGUCUGGUUUUAGCUUACGAGACGGUGCUGAUAAAUCUUUAGUUGCAGACAUAGCUUACUGAUCACCGAAGUUAGGCACUAUUGGGCAUGGCUAGCAUAGCACGGGUCAUCCGAGCAUCGUUGACAAUGCACUCAAACCUUAUGAGGCCAACUGAAGAGCUGUCGGAUUACAAGUCGCAGAUCCGGUCACGAAAGCUGAUAACAAAUGGAAUAAUGGUGUGCUGACCACAUGCCCCUCUAUUAGUAUCCAGCGGCGUCUGUGAGCUAGGGAUGACACGGCGGUCGGUCGGUACUGUUGGGCCGUCUGAGUCCUCUUCCGAUGGAGACAUAGUUUACGGAUCCAAAGGCCUAGAGUGCUGAACGUUUCGACCCCUCUGCUUGGACCAUCUUCAGCAUCCACUCUGCAACCAGCGAAAUCAGAGUAAUCCUAAGGAGUAACACUUCGUUUAAAACGAGGUGUAUGAGACAGAUUCUUUAUCUACCAAAGUUUUUAUUUAUUUUUUUUCAAACAAGAGAAUUGUCACCUUCAAAGAAGCUCCCUUUCAGCAGCUACACACCAGCAGAAUCGUUGUUCUGAAUCUUGGUAGCAGCUGUGAAAGACUUCACCCGUAAGGCCUUUACCAUGUCGGUCACAUUCUUUCGAACAUCCUGCAGAGUCACGAAAUUAUCUCCUUUUAAGACAUUUUUAAGUUUCGGGAAAAGAAAAAAGUCACAGGGAUUGAUUUCAGGUCGAUAGAUGGACAGCGAAACAGGAAUGCUUUUCGAGAUCAUAAAUUCCGUGUUGAAAGUGACAAUGUGUCAUGAGGGCUUGUCACGAUGCAGUAUCUACUUUCCUGCAAUUUCCAACCUCACCCGAUUCACCAUUUUCCUGAGCCUUUCAAGGAUAUAUUCAUGAAACAUUUGCUUGACAGUUUGUCCUGGAGGAACAUAUUCUUUAUGCUAAUUGGUCAAGAAAGGUAACUCGCAUUGUUUUGAUCUUUGAUUUGCUCAUUUGAACUUUUAUCAGUCGAGGAGAUAUCUCAUUCUACUACUCCUCACUUUGCCACUUCGUCUCAGGAUCGUACUCAAAAGUUCACAAUUCAUCACCUGUGAUCACACGACUGAUGCAUUCGUGGUCAUUGGCGAUGCUCUCAAGAAAAUCAGCACGUACGUUUCUCUGAUUGUCUUUCUGCCCAGCUGUUAGGUUUUUUUGACACCAUUUUGGCAGAAAUCUUUCGCAUGGGAAAAAUUUCGGUGAAAAUUUGUCGUACGGUGAAAGAUUUUUUCAAAUUUAUUUGAUUUAAGUACAAUAGUCAAGCCAGGAACCUAGAAACGACAGAGAGGCUUCGUCCCACUGUAGCCCUCAGUGGUUCACAUCCUCACAACAGGCCACAGCAGUUCACCGACCCCACCGCCAUGCCACGCCGAACCCAGGUUAUUGGUAGAAUAAGUAUGGUGUAUGCAUAUGUGGAAAUGAUGUUUGCGCAGCAGUCGCCGACACAGUGUAACUGAGGCGGAGUAAGGGGAACCAGCCCACAUUCGCAGCCGAGGUAGACGGAAAACCUCCGGAAAAACCAUCCACAGGCUGGCCAACACACCGGACCUCGACACUGAUCCGCUGAGCGGACUGGUGCCGGGGACCGGCAAGCCUUCCCGCUCGGGAAGCAGCGCGUUAGACCGCGCGGCUAGGCAGGCGGGUUCCAGUCGAGCCAGUAAAUUACAGAAAACUUAAAACAGGCUUGUCUAAUUUCAAAAUGCGAUGAACGUGCUUAAAAGACCACCCACCAUCCUUAUUAUUAGACUUCGGUCUGAUCUCACAAGAGCACACACGCAUUCGACGUUUUCGUCGGUUUUCGAAGUUAGAAGUCUCCCAGAGCAAGGUUUAUCUUCUCCGUGUUUGUCCCAACGAAAAACUUGUGCUCUUCAUGUUCCCCAUAGACCUUCCAAAAGUCACAUUAGCGUGUUCUAGAAGUUUAGUACAAAACCUGAUGGCAUGACGUUGCUCCAAGUUCCGCUGUUCCAUUUUCAUAACACACAACAAAAACACAACUCCUCAAAUGGCGCUCUCAAAAUUCAUGUGAUGGGUGUAAGAAGCUGAAACUCAGACUGAGCAUCUGGAAGGAAUGAACACAUCAGUCUACACUAACAGAACAACACAGUGUUGCCAAAUCGCUCGCAGUGUUGUUAGGCUCAUUACCUUUCUCACGGAAAUAUCUUUGUCUAUUAGUGUUUCUCGUUUCUGAAAUCUGCAUUGUUCAAAACAAUAUUUAUUUUUAUUCACCGAGGCAGGUUUCGACACCUUUGUGUUAUCUUCUAUGGGUCAGAAUUAUUUCUGUAAAGUAUAAUACAAAAUUUAUACUCGUUUGUAGGUCUAACAUGUGCAUUUUGUUUGGUUUGUUUUGAUUGCUCACCUGAAAAUUACAUUGAAAGUGAAAAUGCAUUUCUACAGAUCGAUUUUUGAGUCCUCUCUUGUCAUUUUGUCGGCAUGUCACUGCAAAGUAGUCAUGAAGAAAGUUUGUGCAUUUUUGUGAUACACAGAAGAUGACACAUAGACCCCGAAACAUGUCUGGGUGCAUAAAAAGAAAUAGCGUUUUGCAUCAGGUGGAUAAAAAAGAAACACGUUCUGUGUCGGAAAAACGGAAAAACGUCAAGAGAACUUCCGACCUGAGCAAGAUGAGUCUCUGUCUCCGAACUUACACUGUAGUAAGUCUUCCACCUGUUAACGUGUAUACAAUGGAGUUAUUCAGAAUAAUCCUAGGCAUUGGUGGGCCACUUUUUAUAAACAUUUUCAUGGUCAUGUUAUAGGUUCUCAUCUCAAUUUCGAUUAGAAUGGAAACCCGGUUUACAGCCCUGUCAUUUUCUCAAGUAAAAAAACAAAAACCCAAAGAAUA